CUCCCAGAAUGCUCUGCAUUGUCCAUCGCUUACGUCACUGUAAUGCGGCGAAGAGCUGUUGCUAAACAAACCAAACACGGGUGUUUUAGUAAUAUUAUUAAAUAAUGGAGUUGGAACAGCCAAAGGAAGACUGUGCUCCAACACAGUCAACACCCACACCUCCUUCUCAGUCAAAGAGGCCAAGUCAGGCCCUAUUCGUGCCCAAACAGCGACUUCAUGGCUCCAAAGACAAAGUUCAGACUCAGGGAGAAGUAAAGCCGAGGCCCAGGCCUCGCUAUACAGACAAGGCAAGAAAGAACGCUAAGAACAAGAAAGACAAGGCUGGAGGGGAAGAGACGUCUGCAUCUGUUGUAGGAGAAGAUGGAGGUCAGGCACAUGAAGAGCGGCUACAGGAUACAGAUGUACAGGUGAAGGGGCAGUCUGAGCCUUCCAGUGUGGAGGCAGAUGCUUGCUCAUGGCUGGAAGCUACAUCCCCUCAAGAGGAAAAGGGGGAAGACGAGAGCUGGGACACACUAUUUAAUGAUGAUGGGGAUUGUUUGGAGCCACACCUGCUUGAAGAGCUUGCUAUCAAAGAAGGUAGAAAAAAAGAGUCAAUCCAGGAGGCAAGAUUCGAUUAUUAUAAUAUGGACCGAGAUGAAGACGAUGAUGACGUCGAUCUAAGAGAGGAUGAACUCUCUCACAUCGUAGAGAUCUAUGACUUUCCUGCAGAAUUUAAAACAGAGGAUCUUCUCAAGUUAUUUCAGUGCUACCAACAGAGAGGCUUUGACAUUAAAUGGAUUGAUGACAAACACGCGUUGGGCCUCUUUUCAAGCCCCAUAGCAGCCCGCGAAGUUUUGAGAUCCAAACAUCAACUGAUGAAGGUGCGACCACUCUCCAAAUCAUCCUCUGCCAUAAAAGCCAAAGCCCGUAGCUGCUCAGACUACCUCCUGCCUGCAAAAGAGAGACCUCAGACUAGUGCAGCGCUGGCACGAAAGCUUGUGAUCGGUGCCCUCGGUGUGAAAAGCAACCUGACGAAGGAGCAGCGCGAGGCAGAGCGCAAGAAACUCCAGGAAGCAAGAGAACAAAAGCGACUGGCAGCCAGACAGAGGGAUGAUGCUUGGGAGGGGAACUGACUGGAAAAGAAAACAACAAUGCUUCCCUGUAUGUUUCUUUUUCUGUUAUUUAGCAAAAGCAAAACUUUUGUUUCAUCUUCGGCUCUGUUUUUGUCAACGGGCUCCUCCUUCCUGCCACCACACAUCCCAGAAAUGCAUUGCCAUCAAUUUUUCCUUCUCUCCUGCAGUGUUACCUCAGAGGAAAAUGUUCUACUACUGUUCCCUGUCCUUUAUCUUGUAUUAUUUUGUUCAGUGUCUGUUGCUUUAAAUAUUUGUAACACUUGAUCUUACUUCAGUACUGAAUCACUGAGUCUCAUCCCUUUGCAAACCAUCGGAGGGAUAAUUUUUUUGUAUAGAUUUAAAGAAUCAUGUUUGUUUUCCAGUCAAAGAUUCAUUUAAAUUCAGUCAUUGUGGUACUGUACAUUUUUAUCUAUGCGAAGAGGCCGUUGAGAUUCCAUUCUCUUUUAAUGGCUUGAAUUACAUUUUUUUACAUUCAAAAAUGCAUUGUUCACAGUUUAAGAAUAAUUUAAUUAAACCUAAACCUUGCUUUUAAACCUUGAUGUCAGCUCAGUUUGCAUUGUUUGAACAGUGUUGUGUGUCUGUCUUUGUUUUCAGUAAGACGAUUCCUCUGUCUAAAGAAAAGGUGAGAAAACAAAGUAUUUUUAGUCCCAGGGAAAUGUGGUGAACAGGGAAACCUUGAAGAAGUCCUUGAUCAAUGUACAAUAUGUAAUGCAUAUUAUGAAUGUAAAUAAUCUUAUUACUGUAUCACUGUAUAACUCACUGUCACCCGCAGCAACAGUAACCUUACAUCUGUUAUGUUGUUUUGACUCAGCUUUUCCUUCUUUUCUUAUUUCAGAUCAUAUUUUUAGACAUUUAGUAUUUUCUUUUUAUUUUGAAAAGCAGCAUCAUAAUUAUGGAAAUAUACUGCAUGUAGAUAAUGUGUUAAAGAACUAGAUCCUACAUGUUAGACCGAUGGUGGUUAAAGGGGCUGCACACUUACUGUUCCUGGUGCAUCUAAAACUUGAA